AAAUAUUUUAGUAUUAAGGCUCACCUCAGUAUUUACCAAAUCCAAACAAUAUCUGAUGAUAAGUUUCUAUCCUAAAAACGUACAUACAUUCAACCAACUUUGUAAACACCAAAAAGGUUCUAGAAAAGUCUGACCUUUUCUGUAUUAAGGAUUUUGCUUUUAUAAACAUUAUUCAUCACAAAGGCUUGAGCACUUUUCUUUCAGUACCUUUGUUUCUUACUCUAUUUUGAGUUCUGAAAGUAUCUGAAAGCGUUCAGGAUUACUCUGGCAAAUGCUUCCCAAGAUGAGAAAUAAGUUUUGGCGUAUUUUGGGAAAAAUAUAUAUGAAUAGAAUUUUAAAACAAGCCUUCUAUUUAAAAAAAAAUACAGAAUACAGGUAAUUUUUUUUGAACUUUUCGAUCCAAAAGAGCAAAAGUUUAGCUUUCAUUUAAAGAAAUAUUUAAGACUUUUUAAAUUUGAAUUAAAUAUAAGGGUUUUGUUGUUGUUGUUGUUGUUAAAUGACCUUAAAAGGCCACGUAUAUGGUUUGUUACCUGUAGUUAUGAGGGAGGAAAGAACAUGGAAAAGAAAUAAUUACAGAUUCUUAAAUCUUAUUUCAAUUAAGUAUAUCAACUUUUGACAGAAUUAAUAAUAAAGUAGGCAGAUUUGUUUUUCAAGAAGUAGGAAAGAUAUCUGUAAUCUGGAUUAUCAAGAUGUAAUUUUGUACUUGGUAACAUGGUAAAGUAACAUCAUUUCUGUGAAACUGAGACAUUUUCUUUUAAAUGAAGCCAACAUUUUCUGUGGAUUUUGAAGCCUUUAAUUGUGUAUUUUGUUUUUAAGCCUUGACUUCUUAAGACUUGUUUGAGAACAUUAAUCCUUUAAAAUGCCGAUAUGUUUAUUUCCAUAUUCAUUUUAAAGGACUAUUACUUAAAUUUUUUUUUUUUAUUACUUGAGUACAAAAAUUAACUUCCAAAAUCAUUAUUUAAGAAGUUCCUGUAUUUCUUUUUAAAAAAUUAGUUUGUCUUCUAAAUAGUACUUAAUACCUUACCAUAAAGAUAAAAGCCUGCUAUUUAUAAUAGGGGGCCCUGGUGGCAUAGUGGUUAAGAGCUCGGUUGCUAACCAAAAGGUUGACAGUUCGAAUCCACCGGCAGCUCCUUGGAAACCCUAUGAGGCAGCUCUGUUCUGUCCCAUAGGGUCACUGUGAGUUGGAAUCGACUCAACGGCAACGGGUUUUUUGGUUUAUUUAUAAUAGAGAGGAACGUUAUGGAAUUAUCGGAAGUUGUCUGUUUCAGGGUUUCUAAUGACUUGACAAGUCAUUGAAGUUAGUGAUCUGACUUGUAAUAAUUCUGUGUAUACAUUAUGAUAAUAAAGAACUUUAAAAAAUGUGUGUUAAAAUAUUAAGUUGUUAAAGUUGCACUUGAGGUACUCUUAACUUCUAGUGUUUAACCUAUGAUACAGUUGUAAAAAGUUAAAAUUUAAAUAUUUCUCUACUAAAUUCCCUCUUUACUGAGCACUUUUUGGUUUUUUUGCUUUAAUUGAUAAUUUCAGGCUUUACUCAAAUAUUGAUUUAUUGAUAUUUUCCUUUUAGCCUAUUUUUCUUUAUGCUUUGACAAAUGGAUAAAUACGGGUGAAAGUCUUACUACGAACCUACAAACCUGCUUAGUAAUUAUAGUCACUCUCCUCAGUUCACUGUUUUUCCUAGAUCCUGGAGCAGAUAUGGUAUGUAAGAACACUCACUGUUCUGAGGCCUUGAUUUAAAAGAAAUAACUAAAUGAGCUCUACUACCUGGGCACCCUUGAUUAAAAGCCCCAAACUGCACUUGGCAUGUUGUUCUGGCAUAAACAUAACAUUGAGAAGUCCCUUGCUGAUCUCCCUAAUUUCACUCCCUUUCCGGAUGAGUGGACAGUGGAAGAUAAAGUCCUAUUUGAACAAGCCUUUAGUUUUCAUGGGAAGAGCUUUCACAGGAUUCAACAAAUGCUUCCAGAUAAGACAAUUGCAAGCCUUGUAAAGUAUUACUAUUCGUGGAAAAAAACUCGGUCUAGGACAAGUUUGAUGGAUCGCCAGGCUCGUAAACUAGCUAAUAGACAUAAUCAGGGUGACAGUGAUGAUGAUGUAGAGGAAACACACCCAAUGGAUGGGAAUGAUAGUGAUUAUGAUCCUAAAAAAGAAGCCAAAAAAGAGGGUAAUACUGAACAACCUGUCCAAACUAGCAAGAUUGGACUGGGAAGGAGAGAGUAUCAGAGUUUACAGCAUCGCCAUCAUUCUCAGCGUUCUAAGUGCCGUCCACCUAAGGGCAUGUAUUUAACCCAAGAAGAUGUGGUAGCUGUUUCCUGUAGUCCCAAUGCAGCCAACACCAUCCUGAGGCAACUGGACAUGGAAUUGAUUUCUCUAAAACGUCAGGUUCAGAAUGCUAAGCAAGUUAACAGUGCACUUAAACAGAAAAUGGAAGGUGGAAUUGAAGAAUUCAAACCUCCUGAGUCAAAUCAGAAAAUUAAUGCCCGUUGGACCACAGAGGAGCAGCUUCUAGCAGUGCAAGGUGUCCGCAAAUAUGGUAAAGAUUUUCAAGCUAUUGCAGAUGUAAUUGGCAACAAGACUGUUGGCCAAGUGAAGAACUUCUUUGUAAACUACAGGCGUCGGUUUAACUUAGAGGAGGUAUUGCAGGAGUGGGAAGCAGAACAAGGAACCCAGGCUUCUAAUGGUGAUGCUUCUACUUUAGGGGAGGAGACAAAAAGUGCUUCUAAUGUGCCAUCAGGGAAGAGCACUGAUGAAGAAGAGGAGGCACACACCCCACAGGCUCCUCGGACUCUGGGUCCUUCUCCUCCUGCCCCAUCAUCCACUCCAACACCAACAGCCCCCAUUGCCACUCUGAACCAGCCUCCACCACUUCUUCGUCCAACCCUGCCUGCUGCCCCUGCUCUUCACCGGCAGCCUCCUCCACUCCAGCAGCAGGCUCGGUUCAUCCAGCCCCGGCCAACUUUAAAUCAGCCUCCACCACCUCUCAUCCGCCCUGCUAAUUCUAUGCCACCCCGUCUAAACCCAAGACCAGUGUUGGCCACCGUUGGUGGUCAACAGCCACCAUCACUUAUCGGAAUUCAGACAGAUUCACAGUCCUCACUGCACUAAGAGUUAAUUGAACAGAGCUGCAAUAACUCUUCACCCCAUCAUUAUACCAGUGCUCAUCUGACUGAUGCAAAAACAGAAAAGAAUAAUCCUUCCUAGAUACUGAGGCUCCAAACUACUUCUGUGGUAGUGGAAUAGCGUAAGUGGGUGUCUAAGAAGUUUUUCAGUUCACUAGACUAAAAUGUUAUGCAACAAAAAGCCUCCAGAUAGCCUCCUUUCUAGAGUAUAUGUUCAGCAAUGUGAUCUCAUAAAAGGAAAAAAAAAAAAAAAGAUUAAGUAUUCUAUAUACCAAGGUUUUUGUUGUUGUUGUUUUGUUUUUACUAUAUUUAUUUCAUUGAAGUUCUUUAUCUUCCAGCCUCUUCAUAGUCAGGGCUCUUAUUAGUACAGAAAUAUUGAUUAAGGAAUUGUGAAAACUCCUUAGGUUUCUUCAGUUAAGUAUGUUUGACUUUUUUUUCUGUUUUCUUUAAUUUAAUUUUUUUUUAAAUAAACAUUUUCCUACGUUAGGAGUGCAAGAAUAAAUAGCCUGCAUUUCAGAUUUUGACAUAUGUUCAUUUAAUGCAUAUUUAAGAAAUUAUAGCUGAAUAUUCAUUUUUCAAAAGAUGUUGCUUUUUUUCCAGAGGAAUUUUAAUUAUUCCUUUAAAAGAAAGCAAUUUAAUCAAUUGCAAAGCAAUUACAUGAAACCACAAAGAAUAUACUGAAUUUACUAGCCCUUUAACAUACAAUUAAGGGUCUUAGUGCAAAGUCCUUGUUUAAAGGUCAUUGGCCCAUCAUUUAUCAGUAAUAAGGGGAUUGGAAUAAUAAUUUUACAUACAGAUAAGAACUUAAUUUGUUCAAGUACAAUGUCUUUUAAGUUCCUUGAAAAUGGAGUUGAUUUUUUUUUAAUGUUUCUAAAUGUUAUGCGCUUUUAAAUAGUACAGGCAGCCCCCAGAUUAUGAACGUGUUCCAUUCCUAAGUCUGUCUUUAAGUCGAAUUUGUAUGAAAGAAGAGUUAGGUACGGUUCGUAUCUAAUAUCAGUUAGUCAGAUGUUUGUCUUAGAUAGUAUAGUGUACCUUUCUAUGCAUAAAAAACAAACACUUCCAGAUACACUAAAAAAUCUUUAACAUAAUUAUACAGUGAUGAUAAUGUUUUAAUGUGAGUCACAAAGUAGCACCUGUUUUGUUUCUAUGAACCAUUGUAUGUACUGGGAAUUUUUAAUAUAAUAGGCUUUACAGGGGUUGGUUCAUAACUACCGGUUGUAUAUAAGUCGGUCGUUUGUAACCCAGGGACUGCCUGUAGUUUCCUACACUUGGGAACUUUAAAAGAAUUAUAUUUCAUCAUUUAUGUGGAAAUGGUAGUUAUGGAAGCAUUUAUUUGUAAUACCCUUUUGUGUUUAGAUUUUUCUGAACUUAAAAUUGCCCUCAUCUUAUGAAUAUGGUCUGCACUUAAUAUAAAAGAUGUUUUCUUGAUAAAUCUCUGUCGUACUGUUUGGAUGCAUUUGUGUAUUCCUUACAGCCAGCCUGUACUUGUGGGUUUGGUUUAGGGUUAAAUCAUCAACAUUACUUCAUAAAACAAAAUCGAGAACUUGCUCUGUGUUAUCUAAAAAAUGUAUCAGUAUAUUGUCACAAUUGUGCUGUUAACUAAAAUGCUGAGACCCCUUUUUAUAAAAAAGAAAAAAAAAGAUAUUUCAAGUCUCCUCAAUUCAACACAUAAUCAUUAAACAUCUCUAAGGAGUAUUUUACAAGUGAUGGUAUUUCAACAAUGUGUUACUAAUGUUUUUGAUAGAAUAAUUUAAUAUUGGAAUCAUAACUUGGGCAAAGGGACAGAUCACUUAAAUUGCUAUACUAGUGGAACGUAAGGCUAAAUGUUUGCACGUUCAUAUUCUCAUUACAUUUAGAACUGGUUCAUAACAUGGUUAACAUUUAAGGACUUAGUUUGUUUUGAGAGAUCAUAUUUUUCCCAAAAUAUUGGAAAAAUAGUCCCUACCAUUGCCUCUAAAACAUUAAAGAGCUAAAACUAAUUCAUUGGUUAGUUUUACUUCUGAAAUUUAGACCACUUCUUUCCAUAAGGACCUUAAGUUCUGGCAUGAUGUAAAAACAUUUUCCCAGAAUGGGUUCUUUCAUUCUCAUUGGAUCAUCUCAGUUCCUGCUCCUGAAUGGUAGAUAAAAUCUAACUGAUUAAAAAAUUCUUAGUAUUCAAGAAUUUUUACUUUAAAAGCCAUUGGGGACAGUUACAUAUCUUAAAAGAAAAUAUCUAAUGCAUUUUUUUUAAAUACUUAGAUCAGUUCUUGCAUAUGUGCAUUCUAUAACCUUUAUAGCUUUUAUUGUCUUGUCUCGUCGAUAGACCUUCAGUAUACGAUAUGUGGCAUAUGUCAGUCAAGUUGGUCAGUCCCAGCAUCUGUCCAGCUGUUCGGUAUAUUGUGAUUCAUUUAAAAUCUGUCCUAUCCCAGACAUGGGCCAAGGUGCUGUAUCUGAGGGAUGUGCUGUAAUUUAUGUCCAUUAGAGCACACAGCAGAAAAAUCUUAGCUUCAGUAGUAAUAAUGACACCUGUAUAUAGUGAGAUGUCUAUUGUGUGCUUUGCAUAUUUUGUAAAUAUAUUGCACGUCAUUUUUCUUUUUUGUUUUAAGCAGUGUUUGGCCUGGAAGAGUGAUAUGCUUGCUGCUUAAUCAAAGGAUUAAAGAUUUAAAGAUG